GAGAGGAUUAAUGUUAGCGGGACGAGCUGUGGGAGUUUUUAUCCUCACACUCUGACUCUCGGCUGGUUUUACUCUCGAAUCGUGUUUAAGAUUAAAUCUCUCACAGGAACAAUAAACUCCAGGGUUUACGACAUGGACGUGUUUCUAAUGAUCCGACGUCACAAGACGACCAUCUUCACAGACGCCAAGGAGUCGACCACCGUCUACGAGCUGAAGCGCAUCGUCGAGGGCAUCCUGAAGAGGGCGCCCGAGGAGCAGAGGCUCUACAAGGACGACAUGUUGUUAGAGGACAGUAAGACUCUGGGAGACUGCGGCUUCACGAACCAGACGGCGAGGCCUCAGGCUCCAGCUACAGUGGGUCUGGCCUUCCGUAUCAGCGACGACACGUUCGAGCCGCUGCGUGUGGACGCCUUCUCCAGCCCCCCCGAGCUGCCGGACGUGAUGAAGCCCCAGGACUCGGGCAGCACGGCCAACGAGCAGGCUGUGCAGUGAGACACGCCCGGAUCCAGCUGUGUCUGUGUGUUAGAGGGGGAUCCGGGGUGUGUGUGUGUGUGAGAGAGAGUGUGUGUGUGUGUGUGUGUGUGUGUAUGGUCCUGUGUGAUGUGACUUUGGCUAAAAAAAAAAAAAAAAACAAACAACGUUGGAAUCUAGACAUCGGCGCUCACACCUUCUGACACACGGUGUGUUUAAACACAGAUUUCAAACCUCCACCUCCUACAGCCUGGGACGUGUGUGUGUGUGUGUGUGUGUGUGUGUGUAAAGAGGUGGUGGGCAAAUGACAAAUUUAACAAAAACCAUUACUUCUUAUUUAAUUCAUGUUCCACAUCAUGUGGAAUAUUAGUGUGUGUGUGUGUGUGUGUGAGAGAGUGUGUGACUACGCGCUGUAUUAACAGUACAUGCUGUGUGAUUGUUAAUCAUCAUUAAUAGUAUGAGUCAUGUUCUGGUUACGUUGCCCCGGAGCGCGGGGGGUUUAAGAGCCGAGUUCGAGGCACACGUGAGCCGACUCCUGAAGGGCUUAAUAAUCUCGGAGCUGAGUCUGAGCACGUGCGUGUCGGAGCGCGGGAAAAUCACGCCAGGCGUGAACGCACGUCUCUCGGAGCUGCACGUACGCUUCGUACACCACAGAGGGCGUGUGACGUGCAGGUCAUCUCAUAACAACAUUUAGUAUUAAUGUGUUGUCCCCCCCCCGCCCUUUUUCCUUGCUGUGUGUGUGUGUGUGUGUGUGUGUGUGUGUGUUUGUGACAGCUGAUCAUAUUGUUUUUUUGUGUGUAAUUUAUGCAGUGUUAGUUUAAGAAAAAAAUUCCUUGUAUUCAUUUCCCUUAUUUUUUGUAUUUAAACCAAAGGGGAAGUGUAAGUGGGCAUGUUUGGGGUGUGUGUGUGUGUGUGUGUGUGUGUGCGCGAGCGCAUGUGACAAAAUGGCGUGUGAUCUUUUGCAAUCCCGUGAAGAACAAGGCGUCUCUGUUUGAGUUUGAUCCAGUGCUGAUAUGUUCACCCCAAACAAACAAAAACUGUUUCAUGUGAGAAAGAACUCAACAAACUCCUCUCUCUUUCUCUCUCGCCCCCCCCCCUCUCUCUCUCUCUCUCUCUCUCUCUCUCAGUGCUGAGACUUGUUCCUCACAUCGCUUUUUCAGUUCAAAUAAAAAAAGCAAAAAAGACCUGA